UUUAUGUUUAUUUAUUUAUUUAUUUUUAACUUUUAAUUUCAGAUGGGGUAUCUGAGGGAUGGAGCUUCCUUCCAUUCGAAUAUUCCGGAAAGCACUGAUAUGGUUGUUGCGAUUGUGUACUCCAUAUUUGGCAUUUGCUCCCUAUUCGGCAACAGUCUGCUGCUCUACGUCUCCUAUAAGAAGAAGCACCUGCUGAAGGCGGCAGAGUUUUUCAUCAUUAACUUGGCCGUCAGCGACUUGGGUCUGACUGUGAGUCUGUAUCCGCUGGCAGUGACUUCCAGCAUUUUCCACAGGUGGCUGUACGGUGAAACAAUGUGCGUGAUCUAUGCUUUCUGUGGAGUGUUGUUUGGGAUCUGCAGCCUGACAACACUAACGCUACUCAGUACCGUGUGCUGCCUAAAAGUAUGUUAUCCUCUGUAUGGGAACAGGUUCAGCUACAGCCACGGGCGCGUGCUGGUGGCGUGCGCCUGGGCAUACGCGCUGCUGUUCGCCUGCUCUCCCCUGGCCCGCUGGGGGGUGUACGGGCCCGAGCCCUACGGCACGGCCUGCUGCAUCGACUGGCACACCUCCAACAAGGAGGCGGUGGCCAAGUCCUACACCGUGGUGCUGUUCGUCUGCUGCUACAUCCUGCCGUGCGGGGUCAUGGUGGCCUCCUACGCCCAGAUCCUGUCCGUCGUCUGCCGGUCCCGCCGCACCAUGGAGGAGCACGUCUCCGCCCAGUCCCGCCUCGGCAACAUCCAGGCCAUCAUCGUCAAGCUCAGUGUGGCGGUGUGCGCAGGCUUCUUCGCGGCCUGGAGCCCGUACGCCGUGGUGUCCAUGUGGGCUGCGUUCGGCCACAUCGAGAACAUCCCCCCCCUGGCCUUCGCCCUGCCCGCCCUGUUCGCCAAGUCCUCCACCCUGUACAACCCCGCAAUCUACCUGCUGCUCCGGCCGAACUUCCGCAAGGUGAUGCGGCAGGACGUGGCCGUCCUGCAGAGGAUGUGCCUGAGGAGCUGCCUGUGCACCAGGAGCCUGGCCAAGUGUGACUCCAACACCAUCGUCAAGGAGAGGGGGUCUCCGGAACCCAAACCGCCCAGGAAGACCCCGCAGGCUGCCAAAAAAACCGUCCGCGUGUUUGUGCGAGGGAAGCGGAACACAGAAAUCGACUGUGUGGAGAUAACCCUGGAGGCGGUACCUGUGCAGACCAAAUCUGCUUGGCAGUAACACCUCUUUUGUGUUUAAAAGUUCUACAAAUGUCAGAUAAGUUAGAUCUUUUUUUCUAUAUAAAUAUUUAAGGUAAACAGUUCAACUGUGAAUUGAAUGUAACGUGUUUUACAUGUUGAAUAACAGCAUUCACUCAGAUAUUUGUUUUAGCUGUGGGGAGAAGGGAAUUUUUGUUGUGAAAUACUGACUUUAUCCACUGCAUAUUUACUCAGAUGCACCUCUGCAAUCUUCAGAAAGGCAGCUUUUCUUCAGUACUAGUGCUUUGUUGGCACAAUGAAUCCUAUCAGGGCUAUUUCUGUCACCUUCAGGUAUACUGUUAGAAUACUCAUGGAAUAACUGUAAUCUUUUUACUUGUUUGACAGUGUUGUACAGUGAUUGUCACCACAGAAAUGCUGACAAAUUCAGCUGAUAAAUCUAUUGAACAUCCUCCACGAAGACCACGCUCGUGAAAUCACAUACUGUGAAUGAAUAAUCUGAGAAAAAAAAAUAUUUUUCAAGAUUUUUUAAUAGUGCCAGGGAUUAGCUAUGUUCAUUCAACAAUGCAAAUAGAGGGAGAGAAAUUGAUGGAGGCAUAUGGGGGGUUAGGAAAAGAGAAACAGAGAGAGGGAGAGGCAGAGAGACAGAAAAGAGUGUGUGUGUGUGUGUGUGUGAGAGAGAGAGAGGGAGACAGAGAGAGGGAGAGAGAGAGAUAACUCUUACAGGCAGCUGUUUCUGAUUUUCUGAAAAUUUUCUGCAUGAAAGUGUGUACUCCUAAAUGGUUGAUAGCCAGGUCCAGUAAGGCAUACAAUCUCAGUAUUUCUGAAGAAAUAGAUAUUUUUGGUUCACGUAUUUUUAUAAGACCAAGUUUUUUCAAAAAAGACUAUGCAUAUAAAGAAUGUGUACCUCAGAUAAAAUGAGCAUUGAUGGUUACUACGACUAUCAUUGUGCUAUUUUCUAUUUAGCUGAUUUGCCUGUCAUUAAAAGCCAAACACGAAGCCAAAUGAAGAUGAGAUUGCUAAUUAUAGCUCUCUCUCUUCAAACAAUAACUUUUAUCAUGUAUGUCUUUGGUCUGUUUGCACUCACAGAUGAUACAGUAGGCAAAUCCUUUUUCUGCAUAUACAAUAUACAGUAUGUGACCAUAUGCUUAGGCUACAUACUUCAUUUUUAAUGUGUUGCAACUCCUGUUCCAUGCAUUUAGAGAUUGCAUUUCUCCUAAUUGUCACAUUCAGUCUGAUAUAUAGCCCUACAACAGUCUUGUGAACUCCCGCAUGCUUAUUAUGGGAUGCUGUGUGUCAGUAGAAACAGUACUGAUUACAAAAUGUGAAUGCUGAAGUAUUUCCAUUCAGAUCCAUUACUGGGAUACAACUCAGACUACCUCCAGGCAAGACGCAAUUCAAAUAAGAUUGUGACAAAUCCAGUCGUGUUUUUUGUGUUUCGACUGCAAUCAUCAAGUGUGACCCGUGUUGGAUUUGUCAAGAUACUGGACAAAUUUUGCAUUAAAAGACAAAUGUAAAUAGGUCCUUUGAUUUAUCACUGUACGGUGUGCAUCUGGGUCUGUGAUUUUUAUUACUGGUAUAAUGGACUUGAUUUGGUGAUAAAGAACUUGGAGAUGUACCAAUCCAUUAUAUAUGGCAGAGAACUCCCAGAACUUUAGUUUGUUGAAUUCACCUGGGUCUAUUCAGUAUUUUGUUCUGUUAACUUUUUUUAUAUUGAAAUUGUAAUCAUUCCUUUGAGGAACAAAUUAUAAUUUGUGGAACAAACAGCAGACUGCUGUAUUGCCUUUGAUUGAACAGAUUGCUAUUAGAUUAAUAAAUGAUUAAUUAGAUGCAAGCAGGCUUAGCAAAAUUAAUAACUUCUAGUCAAGCUGCUGAUGAACCUCCCACUUCCUGUUCAGCAUUCAGUUUAAAGCCUUCAGUUUAAAGCCUUUUCCUGGUUGUCAAGGAGAGCAAGGAGAGUGACGCUCCAUUACCAGAUGAAGUAGUAAAAGACAGCUAUGACUGCAUAUUAUGCAGUAUGUAUCUCCAAUAAAUGAUACCCUGAAAACUAUUGCAUUUGCGGCAUGUCUCAGUUAAAUAGACAUGACCGAUCCCAGAAGGUGGGCAUUCACUAAAGGCAUAAACUCUGUCAGUUGUUUCAUUGAUGCUUUAAAAAUGUCUUUUUUUCUUUUAGUGCUGCCAGUUGUUUGUAUUACAAAACUGGAUAUUUUUCAUUUGAUGGAUAUAAAUGUAAAUGAGAAUUAUGUGAAAUUAAACUAAUGUGAAUGCAGUUUACUCACUGAAGUAUACUCCUGUGAAUACAGUGGGAUUUUGUAUUGUCACAUUUUACUUCAGGUAUGAUUAUUGAAAUAAUAAAACGAAUUGAUGUGACAUA